AUGGUAGAGCAGUGGGGAGAGGUGUGGCAAGUUAACUUCGCUCCAGAGAAGACGCAGGCGAUGGUCAUCUCGCGGUCUCCAGACGCCUCACACGCAGUCUCAGGAAAGUUGCGCUUUGGAGGCAAGUGCCUGCCGCUCCAGGAUUACAUCAAGAUCCUGGGCGUGUGCGUGGACCGCAGCCUGCGCUUCGACCGCCACAUCGCUGGCAUCGCCCGCCAGACAUCUCUCCGAGUCUCUGCCCUGCGCAGGAUGGCGGACACCCUCGACCCACGAGGCACACUCACUCUGUACAAGGCGCAGAUACGCCCAUGUAUGGAGUAUGGUGCCUUGUCUUGGAUGUCGAGUGCUGCUGUCCACAUGCAGAGACUGGAUGCUGUGCAGCGGCGAGCCCUGAGACUCGUGACCACUGAGGAAGAAGAGCAGCACCCAGCACCACUGACAUCACUGGAACACCGCCGAGACGUAUCGGCACUAGUAGUCUGCCACAAGACUCAAGUGCAGAGAGUCUCCCACCUCAACCCUCUGAGGCUACAGCCACACACAGCACAGAGGUGCACCAGAGAUGCGGCACGCAGUGACGAGUUAGUGCAGGUGCCCCGAUCUCGCUCAAGCCAACACCAGCGCACCUACACAGCCAGGACCUCAAGGCUGUGGAACAUUUUCGUGGCAGGCACUCCUCAAGUGAGGAGCAUGACUACUCAGCAAGUGAAAGUGGCAGCUCACAAGUGGCGAGGCAGGCACCCGUCGCGGCUUGUGUUGCAGUAG